GCAGGGACGAGGGUGCGGCCUGAUUGCUGCCCACCCUCCAGGGCUCCAAAGCACUGGGACAAGGACUCCACAGCAGAGACUCUACUGCAGCUGGUUCUGUCCGGGCCCUGCCCUGCCCUGUGCUCAUGGACCUGCGGCGUGUUCCCGCCAGCCGAGAGAAGGGAUGGUAUUUAGCGCUCAUGGCUCCGAAUGUCAAGGGCCCCAGUUAUCCUUGGCUUGACCCCUCCAGGCUGUACUGUCACCAGCAGGGCCUGCAGGACUGCAUUGCGGACCUGCUCCAGCCCUUCUGCGAAGACCCCAUCGACCUGGUCGCUGGAAUUGACGCCAUGGGCUUCAUCCUAGGCGCUGCCAUAGCCAACACCCUGCAGAAAGGCUUCCUGGCCAUCCGCAAAGCCGGGCACCUCUGUGUGGAGACCUGCACGCAGCCCUACACUGACUACUCAGCCCGCCAGAAGCUGCUGGAGAUGAGAACAGAUGCCAUCCAGCCAGGUCUGCAUGUCUUACUGGUGGAUCAGUGGAUUGAAACAGGGGGAACCAUGUGCGCUGCCAUCCAGCUGGUGGAGCAGCAAGGGGGAGUGAUCGCAGGCAUUGCUGCUAUCUGCAUCGAGGACAGUGAGGGUGGCAAGUGGAUCCAGGAGCAUUACAAGUGUUCGCAGUGUGUCCCCCAGCACCUGAUGCCCCAAUUCAACAGGCACCAGUUGGAGUCCUUCCAGGCCUUUGGGGCCACGCCUGGCCAGGCCUAAUUAAUGGGAUCUCCUGCCCUGCAGCUGAACCUUGCACCAAGUUGCCCAGGACCACCUGCUCCAUGGCCCAUGCAUUGUCCCUGCUCCCGGAGGAAGAGAGGGAGGGGUCAUAGAUUCCUGAAGAGCUGCUUCCCCUCCCCCACCCCAGUCUAAUCCAAUUAAGCCCUGUAACCCUUACUAAUCGCAGAUGCCCUCCAGCAUGGCUGCAUCAUGUGGGCAGACUGCUUAGACACCAGCUGUGCCCCUGCGUCUGGGGAGCAAUCUCACCGCUUGCUGCUGCAUAUCAAACCUGCCCCACGGUAACCCCCUGGAUCUGCCUGGACGCUGGCCCCACCUCUGCCAACACCCCCACCCAGCUGCUGCUGGGAACACUGCCCAGGGAGCCCUGGGUGGCCUCCCUGAAGUCUGUUACUCCCUAAGAGCAGAAGGAAAUCUCUGUCUGGGUCUGGCCCAGCUCCCCGCUGGCAGUGCCCAGCGUCUCUCUGAAAUCAGGCACGCUGCUUCUUCAUCCUCUGGUUGGCUGGGCCCUUCGCCGCUGCCUGCCCCGGUCC